UGGCAAAUAAACAAAUACAAGGCCUAAAAGUUGAAAUAUUGCCAUGUGGGUAGGGGGUUGGUGAGACGUUUCAGGCUGCUCGAUCUUUAGUGGGGUGUUGGUUGGUUGGUCCAUGAUGAGAACAUAAAAACUUUGUAAUAUACCAAAUUAUUCAUUCAAUCGUGUAAGGCAAUUUUGACCUGCUUCACUUGCUAGGAAGGAGAGAGAAAGGCUCAAAGGCAGCAUUUUUCAGGCUCUCACUAUUUAAUCAAACAUUCAACAUCGUUACAUUCUACACCAAUACUUCUAAAUUUUAUUCUAUAAAACCCAAAUCGUUAUUUUUUAUCUGGGUUUUCAUUUCAUUUUCUAUCCACCAAUUUUUGAAGCAGGUAUAAGUGAUGGCUCCUCCAACAAGAAUUGGUCUUGCUGGUCUGGCUGUUAUGGGUCAAAAUCUUGCCCUUAACAUUGCUGAAAAAGGAUUCCCCAUUUCUGUUUACAACAGAACUACCUCAAAAGUUGAUGAGACUGUUGAACGAGCCAAACAAGAAGGAAAUCUUCCUGUGUACGGUUGUCAUGACCCUGAAUCCUUUGUCAAUUCAAUCCAGAAGCCCCGUGUUGUAAUCAUGCUUGUCAAGGCAGGGGCUCCAGUUGAUGCAACCAUCAAAACUUUGUCUGCCUAUUUGGAGAAGGGGGACUGCAUCAUUGAUGGAGGUAACGAGUGGUAUGAGAAUACCGAGAGAAGAGAGAAAGCAAUGGAGGAAAAGGGACUGCUCUACCUUGGAAUGGGAGUUUCAGGUGGUGAAGAGGGUGCAAGAAAUGGACCCUCUUUGAUGCCUGGUGGUUCUUUUGAUGCUUACAAGAACAUUGAGGACAUCGUUCUUAAGGUAGCCGCCCAGGUUGAUAGUGGCCCCUGUGUAACCUAUAUUGGUAAAGGAGGCUCAGGCAAUUUUGUUAAGAUGGUUCACAAUGGAAUUGAGUACGGUGACAUGCAGUUGAUUGCAGAGGCUUAUGAUGUGCUUAAAUCAGUUGGAAAGCUCUCUAAUGAGGAGUUGAAGGAUGUUUUUACAGAGUGGAACAAAGGAGAGCUUCUUAGCUUCUUGAUCGAGAUUACAGCAGACAUUUUUGGAAUUAAAGAUGACAAAGGCGAAGGUUAUUUGGUGGACAAAGUGUUGGAUAAAACUGGCAUGAAGGGUACUGGAAAAUGGACAGUUCAACAAGCUGCUGAAUUAUCUGUUGCUACCCCUACCAUUGCAGCAUCUUUGGACUCAAGAUUCCUCAGUGGUCUGAAAGAGGAAAGAGUUGAAGCUGCCAAGGUAUUCAAAGCUGGAGGAGUUGAGGAUACCCUCUCAGACCAAGUUGUUAACAAGAAGAAAUUGAUUGAUGAUGUUAGGCAGGCCCUCUAUGCUGCCAAAAUUUGUAGCUAUGCACAAGGAAUGAACUUGAUCCGUGCAAAGAGUGUUGAGAAAGGGUGGGAUUUGAAACUCGGAGAGCUUGCUAGGAUAUGGAAGGGCGGAUGCAUUAUCCGUGCUAUAUUUUUGGACCGCAUCAAGAAGGCAUAUGACAGGAAUCCAAACCUUGCAAACCUCCUUAUUGAUCCAGAAUUUUCAAAGGAGAUGAUUGAGCGUCAAUCUGCUUGGCGUAGGGUUGUCUGCCUUGCUAUCGGUUCUGGUAUCAGCACCCCGGGUAUGUCCUCCAGCCUUGCUUAUUUUGAUUCAUAUAGGAGGGAAAGGUUGCCUGCUAAUUUGGUGCAAGCACAAAGAGAUUAUUUUGGAGCUCACACCUAUGAACGGGUUGACAUGCCUGGUUCUUUCCACACUGAGUGGUUUAAACUCGCUAAAUCCAAGAUCUAAGUUGAGACUUUUGAUUUCUCUUCAAACUGUUUACUGUAAUAAUCAGCUUCCGGCCGCCAAAUUUGAGCUGUGCGUUUCUUUUUAUGAUAUUUAUAUGUUAGAGAACAGUUUUAAUCUUUAAAGGCUUUUUUAAUGGUGUUAUAUAGAUUCCCUUUUCUCUUUGGCUUUCUUAUCUUUUGGAUGUUGUUAAUCUUCAAGAACUCGAGUUGAGAAGCUUUUGAUUUCUGCUGUCUUAAAUAUAAUUAUAUUGCAAAUGAACUCCCAUCCUGUUUAGGGGUCUGAGUGUUCAUUUUCAAUUGCUCUUUGGAUCAA